GCCUUGCCAAUCGCUGCGCCGCUAACUUCGCUUCAAUAAUUUAAAUUUGAUUUGAAAGUUGGCGUCAUUUGUGUUUUAAAUGUUGAACAGUUAAAUUGUUUGUCAACUGUGUAGUUUUUAACGUUUUGAUUUUAAUUUAUAAAUUAUAACUAUGUCUUGUCAAUGUCUAAAUGGAGUUAAAACAAACUUGUCAGUGUCGGAACCAAAGGAUGAUGAGAAACUUAAAGUUUUCCUUCGAAUCAAAGCAAAUGUGGAUUUUAACAAUUUGUACAGUAUUAAUGAUAAAACCUUAACCUGCACAAUACCGCAUGGCCCUAGCGGGUCAAGUAACAUCAAAGAAGGGAACAGAGUAUCCAAAAAAUUUGAAUUCAGCAAAAUAUUUGGGGCUGGUGCCACGCAAAAAGAUGUUUUUGAUGAUAUUGUGAAACCCAAGCUCCUGAGAUUUAUUGAUGGAAAGAAUAGCACUUUGAUGACAUAUGGAGCUUCAGGAGCAGGCAAAACAUAUACAAUCAUCGGGACAGCCUCAAACCCUGGUCUGGUACCGCGUACUUUGGAAUACUUGUUUGGCACUAUCCCUCAGUUGAGCCAAGCAAUUAAGGUGAAACCCAACUGGAAUGGGUCCAUCUCCACGCUGAAUGACAGCGAAAUGAGGGAGGAGAAGCACAAUAGAACCGAAAUGUUGAGCUUCGCUCAAACUUCGGACAACCUAGUCCAUCUGAAAACCUACGCUGAAAUGCAGCGCAGGCUAAGCAUUGAGCCGGCAGCAGAAGUGAGAGAACAAGGCGUUUUCUUCGGGAUGUGGGUUUCCUUUGCAGAAAUCUACAACGAGCAGAUUUACGAUUUGCUCGUCCCACCUCCGACCAGAGGCCGACAAAGAAACCGCCUGAAAUUGGGGAAUGACAAUGGAACUGCCCACAUAAAAAAUCUAACAAGUAUUUAUGUGAAUUCUGGCAUGGAAGCGUACCAAAUUUUGCAAUAUGGCAUCAAGAAUUUAAAUCAUGCCGCCACUUCCCUGAAUCCUAACUCUAGCAGAUCCCAUUCGAUUUUCACCAUAAAACUGUCGAAAUCGAUCGGAGAAGGCAAAGCCCAGGUGUCCCAUUUUAAUUUUUGCGAUCUGGCCGGUACAGAGAGGCAAAAAAAGACCCAGAACGUCGGGGACCGUUUGAAAGAGUCGAAAAACAUUAACGGUUCGCUUUUGGUGCUGGGGAAAUGCAUAGAUUCCAUAAGAAACUCUCAGAGCGGUGCCAAGGCCGUCGUGCCAUACAGGGAGUCAAAGUUGACGCAACUGUUUCAGAGGGCGCUCAGUGGGAAAGAGGAUAUUUGCAUGAUAGUGAACGUAAACCCUUGCCGAGAAAUGUUCCAGGAAACGCAACAGGUGCUAAACUUCUCCGCCAUUGCCAAAAACAUAAUAAUCGACGAGCAACCCGCGGUGAAAGUUUUGCCGAAAAAACCCAGCCGCUUUUCGAUGUACAUGAGCGCUCGGUCCACCUCCAUCCAACCAAAGAUGGAAACGUCCGAUGACGAGGAAGAAUCGAGGGAUUUCAGAAAAGAUUAUGAAAGGGAAUACGAAACGGUUAAAUUGAGGGAGUGCCUUUUGGAUAUGGAUGCUAAAUGGCUGGAACGUGAGGAACUGGAUAGGUUGGAUAGGUUGAAGAUCUCGGAUAUGUACGAUAAAAUUAUCCACAACAUACAUGCGUUUUAUGAGAGGUUCAAGGAACAUGAUGAUGCCAAACAUAAGGAGGAGUUGGAAAGAGAGCGCGCGAAAUGGCGGGAGCACUAUAAAAACAAACGCGCCAAGUACGACGAUCUAGAAGUUACGGAAAUAAUCGAUCUGGUGAGCGAAGAAGAAGAGGAGAGCGACGAGGACGAAAAGAGCGAACAAGAGGAAGAUCAGAAUCGAGAGGAAGAUCGCGCGCGCGCUCUGGCGGAAGAAAACCGCCUGCUGAUCCGCAAGAAUAGAGAGCUGACCUUGAUUCUCGCCGAUGCCAAAGAGGAGUACAAUAACUUGCAGAAGGAGUGCGUGGGCAAGCAGAGAGAGAACAUGGAUCUGAGGGGAGAGAUUUACAGUUUGGAGGAGAUGGUGGAACUGCAGGAGGCGCAUAUUUAUUCGCUGAAUCAGCAAAUCAUGGAGGAAAUCGUAGAUGAUCAGGACGAAUGCAAUGAGUGUGUGUCAAAAAGGAUAAAUGGAUAUUAAGUCCUACAACUCAUAAAUCGUAAAUGGAAGACAUUGAAAUCAAAAAAGAAGCAAGCUACAGAAGAUAAAGCCAAACAUAGAGUACUAAGAGAAUUUUACUGUAUAAGCCUUAAUUAUUAAAAAGGUUUUUCAUAUUAUCUAUAUAUCAUGUUUAUUGUUUAUUUUAAUUUAUGUCAUUAUAAUUUUUUAAAUAUAUUUUUUAACAAUUUGCGUCUCAUUAUAAAUACCCAUAAUAAAACAUCAAUUACUUUGAACAACUAUUAAAUAAAUAAGGAAAUAAAACAAAAAUUAAAACGUUUAUACAUAUUUAUUUACUCUGUAAACAUCACAAAUUACAGGAAAUACAUACCUAGCUAAAAUAAUUAUCAUUACUCACUAGUUGACAUUUAAUUUCGUUGUCGAAAAAAAUAACAAGUAAUAAUAGCAAUGUAAUCAAAUGUAAAUUAUUUUUGGCACAAUUUCGUGUAGUGUAACAAAUUUCGCGUUUAAAAACAAACGCUGUAACAUUUUAUAUAAAAUUUUAUUGACUCCAAUCCAAACUAACUUUUACAAUAUUACGUAUACAUCUUUACUAUAUAUAUAUAUAUAUAUAUACCUAUAUACAAAGGGAAUCACAAAUAUGUUUUCAUUAAACUUAAAAAUAAAUAUUUUUAUACUUAUCUAUUUAACAAAUGGAAUGUAGAUAGGUACCAAUAAUUGUACUUUCGCAAACCAACUCAUUUAAAUUUUGUGCGUCAAAUUUAAACCCGUGGCAAAAAAAAAUUAUCACGCCAAAUAAAAUUACUUGACCCUUUGGGUGUACACAGUGACGGCGGUGUGGGGUUCCUCCGGAUGGAAAACAACUUUACCAUCAACUUUGUAGUCGGAAUAUUUCAGUGUGUAAGUCAAGUUGAAAUUCAACUUGGCCAAAGCCAUUGCACUGAAGUGACUGCUACAAUCCACCGUCAUAAAGCCACAGCCGUGUUCUUUCGCCAAAUCCCUAAAAUUAAAACAUUUUUGUUUAGGCGGCAAAAAAUGCUUCAAAAUGAGCCGUCGCAUGGCAUACUUUGCAUA